CAUUCAUUCCAAGUGGAUUUCACUGAUGACGACAACAGCUCAACUCUGGCUGGAGGCCCCGUGACAGGGGUUUACAGGUUGAGACAGUUCCAUUUCCAUUGGGGAAGCAGUGAUGACAAGGGCUCAGAGCACACUAUUGCUGGAACCAAGUUCCCCUGUGAGCUUCAUCUCGUUCACUGGAACACCAAGUACCCAAACUUUGGAGAAGCUGCCAGUAAGCCUGAUGGCCUUGCUGUGGUUGGAGUUUUUCUCAAGAUUGGUGCUGCCAAUCCAAGACUUCAGAAAGUUCUAGAUGCUCUGGAUGACAUCAAAUCAAAGGGCAGACAGACUACAUUUGCCAACUUUGACCCUAAAACCUUGCUGCCCACAUCACUGGAUUUCUGGACUUAUGAAGGGUCUCUGACCACGCCCCCUUUGCUCGAGAGUGUCAUGUGGAUUGUUCUGAAAGAGCCAAUCAGUGUUAGUCCUGCUCAGAUGGCUAAAUUCCGUAGCCUGCUGUUCACACCGGAAGGAGAGUCACCUUGCUCCAUGGUUGACAACUUCAGACCCCCUCAACCUCUCAAGGGACGCAAAGUCCGUGCGUCCUUCAAAUAAAUUGCUGCAUCGAAGCCACAA